CACCCGACGUUUUCCUUUGUCCUUCCUUUUUCACGCUGACCGACAACAAUUCCGACGGCCUCUUCUCUCCCCUAUUUAACCUAACUCCAUCCGUCGCUCUCUCUUCUCUCGCAAACAGUCCUCUCUCCCAAACAGUCCAGUUGAAAUCAUCGCCUAAAUCUAGAGAGAGAGAGAGAGAGAGAGAGAUGGUGAUCGAUAUACUUCUACAGGUGGGAAUGUUGCUGGUAUCAGUAUUCAUGUUCCUCCUGAUGCACAACAUCCCCCAAAAAGCCUUUGCCAGGUUCCGUGCUUACAGAAGCCGAUCCGAAACCCAAGCCAAGCGCCAUUUCGUCGUGGGUGCUCAGCUCUUUUCCCGAGCGGAAGCCGAAGCCAAAGCCAACAACAAGGACGCCGCCAUGGCUCUGGCUAAGUCCGCCGCCGAGGAAGCCGAUAAAGCCAUCGCCAUCGAUCCGAAAGAUGCCGCCGCUCACAUCCUCAAAGCCCUAGCCCUCGAUCUCCAGGGCUUCAGGACCUCAGCUCUUGACUCAUUUGACGUCGCGCUGUCUCCGAUGGCGGCAAAGUCUCUUUCUAAUGCGGAGAGGGGAGAUGCACUUUUCAAGAGGGCUAAGUUGAAGGUGGACAUGAGUAGUCAGGGAGAGCGAAUCGACUCGGCAAUUGCAGACCUGGUUGAGUCGGUGAAGCUGAGGACCGAAAAUGCAAAGGCGUACUGCUUUUUGGCCGAGUGUUAUGAGAAGAAAGGGAUGGUUGUGGAGGCGAAGUCAGCGUAUGAGGAGUCAACUAGGGUUCAGCCUGAACCCAUGACCUCUGCGGCGGCCAUAGAGGCACUUAAACGGUUGAGUUCAUAGCCGAGGAAGAGGGCUUGGGCUCUUGAGUCCUUGUAAUUUCACUUGUUUCUUCUAAAAGCAUUUUUGUUUGUUUAUCUUUCAUUCGAUUUCAAUGUUGAUUUCUUAUCAUAUUUUGGCUGUUCAAGUGUAAUAGAAAAAAAUGCUACAUAAUAGGGCUGUGAGGAAUCUGAGCUGACUAGCAAGUUUUAAAAAUGUAUUCAACUUUUGGCUCCUCAUUAUUCAAGUCUAUUAUUUCAAA